CAGUCUGAAAUUGGAGUGUGAGAAACUGGCCAGUGAGAAAACUGAGAUGCAGAGACACUAUGUCAUGUACUACGAAAUGUCAUACGGGCUGAACAUCGAGAUGCACAAGCAGGCGGAGAUUGUCAAACGGCUGAACGCAAUCUGCGCCCAAGUCAUCCCCUUCCUCUCUCAAGAGCAUCAGCAGCAGGUGGUGCAGGCGGUGGAGAGGGCCAAGCAGGUCACCAUGGCUGAACUCAACGCCAUCAUAGGACAGCAGCAGCUUCAGGCUCAACAACUCUCCCACGGCCACGCCAUCCCCAUCCCACUCACGCCACACCCAGCGGGCCUCCAGCCCCCCCUGCCCCCGGGGGCUGGUACUGCCAGCCUGCUGGCUCUGUCCUCCGCCCUGAGCCACCAGCUGCCGCUCAAAGACGAGAGGAAACACCACGACAACAACAGUGAGCACCCGAGAGACAGAGACUCAGUCAAGAGCUCAUCUGUAUCUCCCUCGGCCAGUUUUCGGACCGGAGAGAAGCACAGGAGUUCAAGUGAUUAUUCCUCCGACAGCAAGAAACAGAAGACAGAUGAUAAGGAGUCUACACGCUAUGAAAGUGAUGGAGAGAAGAGCGAUGACAACCUGGUUGUGGACGUCUCCAAUGAGGAUCCAGUGUCUCCUCGAGGAAGUCCUGCCCACUCACCUCGGGAGAACGGGUUGGACAAGCGUCGUCUGUUGAAGAAGGAUGCUCCGCUGAGUCCUUCCUCCAUCGCCUCCUCCAGCAGUACACCUUCAUCCAAAUCCAAAGAGAUUAAUUUGAAUGAGAAGUCCACAACGCCCGUGUCCAAGUCCAGCACCCCGACAUCCCGCUCUGAUGCCCCCACACCCAGCAGCACCUCAACCCCGGGCCUGAGGACUGCACCCAGUAAACCCUCAGGAGUCGAGACACUGGCUCCUGGUCUCCGUACGCCAUUGGCGGUGCCCUGCUCGUACCCCAGUCCAUUUGGGAUGGUUCCCCACCCGGGUAUAAACGGAGAACUGAGUGGAGCAGGAGCAGCCUACACUGGCCUGCAUAACAUUUCUCCACAGAUGAGCGCGGUGGCUGCUGCUGCGGUGGCAGCUUAUGGACGCACACAAGUGGUGGGAUUUGAUCCUCACCACCACAUACGUGUCCCUGGCCUUCCUCCCAACCUGUCAGGCAUUCCUGGUGGAAAACCAGCCUACUCCUUUCAUGUGAGCGCUGAUGGACAAAUGCAGCCUGUGCCUUUUCCUCCGGAUUCACUGAUCGGUCCUGGCAUUCCCCGCCACGCACGACAGAUCAAUACUCUCAGCCACGGGGAGGUGGUGUGUGCUGUCACCAUCAGUAACCCGACGCGUCAUGUCUACACCGGCGGCAAGGGUUGCGUUAAAGUGUGGGACAUCAGUCACCCGGGCAACAAGACCCCUGUAUCCCAGCUAGACUGCCUUAACAGAGAUAACUACAUCCGCUCCUGUCGGCUACUUCCGGAUGGACGCACUCUCAUUGUCGGGGGCGAGGCGAGUACUCUGUCAAUCUGGGAUUUGGCUACACCAACUCCACGAAUCAAGGCUGAACUGACUUCAUCAGCACCUGCGUGUUAUGCUCUGGCCAUCAGCCCCGACUCCAAGGUCUGCUUUUCCUGCUGCUCCGACGGAAACAUAGCCGUCUGGGAUCUUCACAACCAGACUCUGGUUAGACAGUUCCAGGGCCACACUGACGGAGCCAGCUGUAUAGACAUCUCUAAUGAUGGGACCAAGCUGUGGACUGGAGGCCUGGAUAACACUGUGCGAUCCUGGGACCUCAGGGAGGGACGGCAGCUGCAGCAGCACGACUUCACCUCCCAGAUCUUCUCACUGGGAUACUGUCCAACGGGGGAGUGGCUGGCAGUGGGGAUGGAGAACAAUAAUGUGGAGGUCCUGCAUGUCACCAAACCAGACAAGUACCAGCUCCACCUGCAUGAAAGCUGUGUGCUCUCACUCAGAUUUGCUCAUUGUGGGAAGUGGUUUGUGAGCACAGGAAAAGACAAUCUGCUUAACGCAUGGAGAACCCCGUAUGGAGCCAGCAUAUUCCAGUCAAAGGAGUCGUCCUCAGUGCUGAGCUGUGACAUCUCUAUAGAUGAUAAGUACAUUGUGACGGGCUCAGGAGAUAAGAAGGCGACUGUCUACGAGGUGAACUACUAGGAGGUCUGUGGCCAUUCAACGACAAGGCCACCCUUCCACCCAGGCACUCUGCGAUGUCUCCAUCACCCGUGUACAAUGUUUAAUGUGUAUAAAAGGGAUUUGAAUGGAACUAACCAAACAGACCGAGUCUUUCUUAGACAGUGACCUUUUGACCUUCUAGCCUGUCGUGGCUCAAAACGAACAAGCAGAACCAAGCACAGAGAUUUUUUUUUUUAUUUUUUUUUGAGUGGAGUGUAGUGAGUGUGAAUGUCCAUGUAUGUGCACUGAAUCUGCAGGAUGUUGUUUUAGCAUUGGCCAGAUAACAUUCCUUUUAAGCCUGUACUUGUUUUUAUAGUUUUUUUUUUUACUGACAUGAGCGCCAUUGUUCACCUACUCCCUGUUUUGUGAGUACCUGAAGGCUUAAAAAAAAUCAUACUGAAUCAUUCCUGGCUGAUACCAGAAUAUCUUCUCCUCUGAGAACUUCCAAUUUUGUCAUACUUAACUAAAAAUGGCAACACUCAAGAGAGUUACCAGUGGAUUAAUGUUAGUAUCACGGGAGAAAAAGCCACAAGCUUUAGAAGUUUCUCUGCCACUUUUGUUGUCGUCUGCUCAGAGUCAUACUGCUACUACACUGUGAAGGAACACGGCAUACACAGGGUAGCCCUCAUGCACACGUUACAUGUGGUUGACAUACAUCCACUGCGUUAUUCAACUUCCUGUGGAUGUUUGCAUACAAUUGAUUGUUUUCUGUAUUUUGAUCGAACUCAACAGCUUUCAUUAAUGUGAGCUCUAAAGGCAGUGCUGUUUUUUAUAUUUUGGUUCUGUCCCAUUCUCUGUGUUAAUACCUCAUACCAAAUUUGCCUUUUUUUAAUGUCGACAUUUCUUUAUGUAAGCAAAAUCAGCCUUUCAUAUUUGAAAACCUUCUUUAGUUUACUUUAGUAUCUCAGUGCUAUUAAGUUUUACAAGACAGUGGACUGGUUACACUUAGGUCCUACCAGGGACUAACCAAUGGGACUAACACAGAACCUACAUUAUAAAACCAGUGGCUUUGUCCUUAAAGUAGUAGUUUAAAACAUGAUAAUUAGCUUUCUUGCAAAGUUAGACAAGAAGAUUGAUACCACUCUUAUGUCUGAACACCAAAUAUGAAGCUACAGCCAGGACGGGUUAGCUUAGCUUAGCAUAAAGACUGGAAACAGGAGGAAACAAAGUAUGCCUACUAGCAGCUUGUCAUUUAGUCGUCGCUGAGAUUGUCAGGCAACCAGUAGUGAUUCCACACAGUCGCUGCUGGCAGCCAAGAAAUAGUCUGGCACAUAACUCUCCAUAAAACAACAACUUUUUGUCUUAAUGCUUGGGUUUUUAUACAGACUAAACAAACAAUAUAUAACAUAUUAAUUAGUGAGCUCUAAAGGGGCUGUUUCCCUUUUAUUUUCAGAUUUUAUGCGAAGCUAAGCUAGCUGCUGGCUGUAUAUUCACCGCUCAGACAUGAAAGUUGUAUCUUCUCAUCUUACCUUCAACAAGAAAGCAAAUAAUCAUCUUUCCCAAAAUGGCUUUGAUCAUUGAUUCAUAUGAUUGCAGCUUGUGUUUCUUUUCUACCUGCUGUAUGUGUUCAUUAAAUAUUUGUAUUUAUUUUCUCUCUUAACUCUCAUAAUUCUGAGUGAGGUGUGAGCUCAGUCUUUGUUUGUGUGUGUGUGUGUGUGUGUGUGUGUGUGUGUGUGUUUUGACCCUGUGGGCGUUGAACAAACAAACAAGAUUGCCCUCACUGUAGUCUGCCCUUUGAACUUGGUUCUGCUCCCUCAGUUCAGACUCCUGUGGAUGCUCACUGGAUUCUGUCUGACAGAUUUCGGUAAAAAACUGUCUGGUGUUUGGAGGUCAACCAGCCUUCCAUUUCCUGCCUGGAUUUUUAUUUGUUUGGACCUUUAGCCACUGAAAAUAAGUGGCGAUAUGCUCGUGAUCUCUCUUGGAUUUACUUCUGUUGGCUUGUAGAAAUAACACAGUGCCUUUAUGCUGCUACGCUUCUGACUCCAUUAUGUCCCGCUGAGUGUUCAACUACACAGAAGAGAGAACAUCAUGGACUCUUCUGUUGGAGUCCUUUUUAAAAAUUUACUGUUUUUGAGUGUAUAUCUCGCAACAUUUAAGGAUGGAUUUUAGUAAAAAAGAUCAGCAAAGUAACACAAACAGCAACCCAGAUUUUCCCGUCUGGUUGGUAUCAGUUGUCUGUGGUCCACUUGGAAGUAAUCAGGACAAUACUUCUCUUUAAUUCUGCCUUCUUUGCUGAACACAUGUUCAUGUUCUGAUUGUUUGAAGCAUGGUGCCAUUAACCAGAUGCUUUUGAAGUUUCUCCACUUUACUUUUCUUUCUGCUUUAAAGCUUUGUUCUUGUUGCACAUCGACAGGAAGACACCCAAAACACACAGCGCAUCAGUAGUUACUGGCAGAGAGGUCAGUCUCUGCUAUAUUCAACAAAAACAACCUUUCCUAAUCUUAACCAUUUCCGCCUUAUCAACUACACUUAGAUAUCUGGAGGCUCCUUCUUUAAACAUAAUCAUUUAAAUUUUGUGCUUAAACCCAACCUCCUGGUUUAGCUACUACCCAGAACCCUUGUGAGAUCCAUAAUUUUACAUCACUGAAAGAAUAUUUUGAGACCAGCUGAGUGAUUUAGAAAUGUACAAAGAAAACAGAAGAACAGAGGAUUGAUUAUUGGAGUAACUGAUUAUUGUAUAAAACGUACCUGUAUUGUUAUUUUAAUGCCAGAAGUUGCAUAUUACAGCUUUAAUUUCCAUUUCUUGACCCUGAGUGCAACAUUCUCAACCCACAACUCAAGAAGGAAGCAGUGAACAGAGAGGUUUCCAUUUUUUUUGUUUUCUACUGUUUAUGGGAUUAAAAUAAUAAGAAAGCUCAUCUCAUAUGUGCAUGUUAUUGUCAUGUUAUUAUCACUGCCUAAAACCAAUUUCUCUGGCUUAAUAAGGGCAACGACUGCUUUAUAAAAGAUGGGCAAACAUGACCAGAUUCAAAUGUGGUUCAUGGUUUACCUUUCUAACUGAUAGAGAGAGCAGUGCUCAUGCUCAGUACUAAUCCAGAUACCUACCUAUACCUGUCUUAUUUUACUAUGAGGUUUUAAUAUUUAAAGAUAGAUAUUAAAAUCUGAGAAAGAUCAGUUUGUGACACUCCCAUGCACGUCUGAACUCCUCUCCAACUCUCUAAGUUACUGUAUUACAGUGUUUUUCAGUUAAAUGCCAAGGAGAAGCAAAUUUGAAGAUGGUCAGGUGGUUUUAUUUAUAAUAUUAAUUGUUUUUUGUGACACAGACAGAUCUGUAUUCCCACUGGGGUGAAUUCAAAUGGACAUUUUGUAUUGAAGCUACCUUGAAUAGGAACGAAAGACAUUUCAUUGUUACGGCUGGUAUUUUUGUAAUUUCUUUGACAGGCACACACUGACACUGUACAUCCUGAAGGACUGGCCAUGAUAUUGGUUUGGGUUUCACUGUGUUUGCCUUAUUCUGUGCUUUCUUUCUGAAUCUGAAACAUUUCUGUGAUUGCUGCAGUCAGCUAUGCUUUCAAAUUAAAAUGACAAUUCACUCACCUUGCUGUCAUCGACCCCACAGCUGCGUUUUCUGCUCUUGAAUGACUCAUAAAAUCUGUACCUUCUGUACUAAACAGCUACUGUGCAACUUUCAUCCCCAUAAAUAAUGGAAAAACAUACACUUUGGUUACACCUGCGCUAAUGUCAAGAGUCAAACCUCAAUGUUACUCAUCUCAUCUGAGUGCUACAAGUUAACAUGACCUGAUACGGAAAUGGUGUUAUGUACAAUAAUGAUGUGUAGAGCAUUUAGGUUGACUGAACUCAUGAAGGUAUUAUACAUAUACUGUAAACAUGUAAUAACUCAAGUCUACAGUGGAAAGAAACUUCCUGUUGCUAGUUGAGCUUUCC